GGAGGGGGAGUCGGAGGCGUCGUAGCAGGGGAGCAGGGGAAGAAGAAGACAUGGCUUCGAGACCUCAGGCUGUGGUUUCUCAGCAACAGAGAGGUGGGGUGGCGCCGGCGGGAAAGCAGAAGAACGUCGCUGUGGCAGAUGGGAAGAAUCGCCGAGCGCUCGGAGACAUUGGUAAUCUGGUUACCGUCCGAGCUGUUGAGGGGAAGCCGGAACCCCAUAUAAAUCGCCCCAUCACUAGAAGUUUCGGUGCUCAACUUCUGGCCAAAGCACAAGCUGCAGCUGCUGUUAACAAGAUACCUGUGGCUAUCCCACCCGAUGCAGCAGUCGGUAGAGCUGGUAGAAAACCAGCUAAGAAAGUCGCAAUCAAAAACAAGGAGGAGAAGAUCGUCGCGUUGAGUCCUGCAAAGAAUGAGGAACCAAAGCAAACACACAGCAAAUCUUCCAGAAAGAAGGUUCCCACACUGACAUCCGUGCUCACGGCUCGAAGCAAAGUUGCUUGUGGGAUCGUUGAUAAGCCGAAGGAGUUGGUAGACGACAUCGAUGCUGCAGAUGCCGAGGAUCAGUUGGCCGUCGUGGAUUACAUAGAGGACAUCUACAAGUUCUAUAGAUCUGCUGAGCACGACGGCAGGCCACGCGGCUACAUGGAUUCCCAGGUGGAGAUCAACGCGAAGAUGAGAGCAAUUCUAGCGGACUGGCUGAUAGAAGUGCACCACAAAUUCGAGCUGAUGCCCGAGACGCUGUACCUUACGUUAUACAUCAUCGAUCGGUACCUCUCCAUGGACGUGGUCUUGAGGAGAGAAUUCCAGCUUGUUGGGGUGUCUGCCAUGCUCAUCGCCAGCAAGUAUGAGGAGAUUUGGGCGCCGCAGGUCGAUGAUUUCAUCUGCAUAUCAAACAUGGCUUACACCAGAGAGCAGAUCCUUGGAAUGGAGAAGGGGAUCCUGAACAAGCUCGAGUGGAACUUGACGGUCCCGACGUCCUAUGUGUUCCUCGUGAGGUUUCUGAAGGCUGCAUCAUGCGAUACCGAGAUGGAACACAUGGUCUUCUUCUUCUCCGAGUUGGCUAUGAUGCAGUACUCGAUGGUGACGCACCGGCCGUCCAUGGUCGCUGCUUCCGCAGUCUAUGCAGCCAGGUGCACCCUAAGGAAGAGCCCUCUCUGGACCGACACACUUGAGCGCCACACAGGGUUCUCGGAGCAGCAACUGCUGGAAUGCACGGAGAUUCUGGUGAACUGUCAUGCGGCGGCGCCGGAGAGCAAGCUGAAGGCCGUGUACAAAAAAUACUCCGGUGAAAAAUUUGGGGGUGUGGCAAUAUUGCAUCCGCCGGCGACCAAAUUGGUACAGGAGCUAAAGGCUGCAAGGAAGUGAUCGGAAAGUUACUGAUCAGCGUAAUUAUGGCGUGUUAUGUUUGUUUCAUGUUCUUCAUGAAAGGAAGAGUGUGGGGGGUGAAGCUGAUAGCAGCAGCAUGAGGAUGGUAGAGUGUGGCUUUCUUGCUCCUCGUGCUCUUUAACCAUAGUAGUUUGGGGCACGUUAAAGCAGCUAUGUUAUGAUUCUACAUGUCAAAUUAUUUGUUUGUCGAGAAAACCCAUUGCAGCAUCA